CCUCGCCGCUCUGUGGUGGAGGGCGGUGCGGGGCCCGGUCUGACCCCUGGGGUCCGCCCCGCGUCUGGGCGGUGCCCCAGUGCCCGGCCUCGCCAUUUCCCGCUCGGCCCUGGAGCGCGUCGCUCUACCAAGAAUGGCCACUGUGCCUGAUGCCCCUGACCAGCGUUACCCAUUUGAAUUUCCUAGCAGGCCCUCCAAAGUAGGUAUUUCAGUACCCUGUUAGAGCUGAGGCGCAGGUAAAAUGACUGGCCCAGGCCGGUCCCACCCCGUAAGGAUUUGAACGUUGGCUCCACAACUCGGGAGCCUGCGCCUUUCCUCCUCCCAGCGUGGACUCCUGCCCGGCGAAGUGCCUCACUUCCUUCUCCCGGGAGUUAUCAAACUUUGGUGUAUGUGUUGGUUGGUUCUGAAGUCUUGAAGAAGCUCUGUGCUGAGGAAGACCAAAGCAGCACUCAUUGCCAAUUAGGGAAUGGACCGUUUGGGUUCCUUUAGCAAUGAUCCCUCUGAUAAGCCACCUUGCCGAGGCUGCUCCUCCUACCUCAUGGAGCCUUAUAUCAAGUGUGCUGAAUGUGGGCCGCCUCCUUUUUUCCUCUGCUUGCAGUGUUUCACUCGAGGCUUUGAGUACAAGAAACAUCAAAGCGAUCAUACUUAUGAAAUAAUGACUUCAGAUUUUCCUGUCCUUGAUCCCAGCUGGACUGCUCAAGAAGAAAUGGCCCUUUUAGAAGCUGUGAUGGACUGUGGCUUUGGAAAUUGGAUUUUACUGUGUUGCCCAGGCUGGUCUCCGACUCCUGAGUUCAAGCCAUCCUCCCACCUUGACCUCCCAAAGUGCUGGAAUAACAGGCAGGAUGUAGCCAAUCAAAUGUGCACCAAGACCAAGGAGGAGUGUGAGAAGCACUAUAUGAAGCAUUUCAUCAAUAACCCUCUGUUUGCAUCUACCCUGCUGAACCUGAAACAAGCAGAGGAAGCAAAAACUGCCGACACAGCUAUUCCAUUUCACUCUACAGAUGACCCUCCCCGACCUACCUUUGACUCCUUGCUUUCUCGGGACAUGGCCGGGUACAUGCCAGCUCGAGCAGAUUUCAUUGAGGAAUUUGACAAUUACGCAGAAUGGGACUUGAGAGACAUUGAUUUUGUUGAAGAUGACUCGGACAUUUUACAUGCUCUGAAGAUGGCUGUGGUAGAUAUCUAUCAUUCCAGGUUAAAGGAGAGACAAAGACGAAAAAAAAUUAUAAGAGACCAUGGAUUAAUCAACCUUAGAAAGUUUCAAUUAAUGGAACGGCGGUAUCCCAAGGAGGUCCAGGACCUGUAUGAAACAAUGAGGCGAUUUGCAAGAAUUGUGGGGCCAGUGGAACAUGACAAAUUCAUUGAAAGCCAUGCAUUGGAAUUUGAACUCCGAAGGGAAAUCAAGAGGCUCCAAGAAUACAGGACAGCAGGCAUUACCAAUUUUUGUAGUGCCAGAACCUAUGAUCACCUCAAGAAGACACGGGAAGAAGAGCGCCUUAAACGCACUAUGCUCUCAGAAGUUCUCCAGUAUAUCCAGGACAGUAGUGCUUGCCAGCAGUGGCUCCGCCGGCAAGCUGACAUUGAUUCCGGCGUGAGUCCUUCCAUUCCAAUGGCUUCGAAUUCAGGUAGACGGAGUGCACCACCCUUGAACCUCACUGGCCUCCCUGGCACAGAGAAGCUGAAUGAAAAAGAAAAGGAGCUCUGUCAGAUGGUGAGGUUGGUCCCUGGAGCCUAUUUAGAAUACAAAUCUGCUCUAUUGAACGAAUGUAACAAGCAAGGAGGCUUAAGACUGGCGCAGGCAAGAGCACUCAUCAAGAUAGAUGUGAACAAAACCCGGAAAAUCUAUGAUUUCCUCAUCCGAGAAGGAUACAUCACUAAAGGCUAAGGCUCCAAGGGCUUGGGAUCAGAAGUCAGAAGUUUGGAAUGUGGUGGGUCAAAGGACAGUGUGGGUGGGCAUUCUGGAGAGUUGUUUUUCAGCUGAAUUCUCAUAGUGAAAAGAGGGGAAAGGACAAAGGAAACCUUAAGUUGUAUUAAGUCUGCUUUCUUCUCCAUCCUGCUUUAAAACACUCCUGUUGUUGGUAUUGUGCUGCAGAGUUGUGUGCUAGAUAAGCUAUUAUUAAAUGUGAGUGGGCAUUCAUUCCUAACACCUCUUGUAACUAAAAGAACCAUAGUACCUCACAUCACAGUGCUGGUAGAAAUAGAACUAAACCACAGUCUGUAGUCCCAGGAGUCCAGCUCAGAUCCUUAUAUUGCGAGGUAAGUUUGCUGAUUAUCUGCCUUGCCUUCAAACACUGCAGACAGAUUUAAAAUAAAGAGAAAGGUUUUAGAGCGUAAGAAAGCUCUCCUCGAAGGAUUUUUUAAGCUGACAACUUUUUUUUUUUUGACAUAGAAUUUGCUCUUGUCCUUCAGGCUGGAGUGUGAUGGCAAGAUCUCAGCUCAGUGCAACCUCUGCCUCCCAGGUUCAAGUGAUUCUCCUGCCUCAGCCUCCCGAGUAGCUGGGACUACUACCACACCUAGCUAAUUUUGUAUUUUAGUAGAGACAGGGUUUUGUCAUGUUGGCCAGUCUGGUUGCAAACUCCUCACCUCAGGUGAUCUGCCCGCCUCGGCCUCCCAAAGUACUGGGAUUACAGGCGUGAGCCAUCGCGCCCGGCCUAAGCUGACAACUUUUAUGAGUAAAGGGGAAGAAAAUAUCCUUAUGAUGGUCUUAUCCCAAACUGCAUCUUUAACUUCGGCUGGGCAAGGUGGCUCGCCUGUAAUCCCAGCACUUUGGGAGGCUAAGGUGGGCGGAUCACGAGGUCAGGAGUUCAAGACCAGCCUGACCAACAUGGUGAAACCGUCUCUACUAAAAAUACAAAAAUUAGCUGGGUGUGGUGGCACACGCCUGUAAUCCUAGCUACUCAGGAGGCUGAGGCAGGAGAAUUGCUGAACCCAGGAGGCGGAGGUUGCAGCGAGCCGAGAUCGCGCCACUGUGCUCCAGCCUGGGCGACAGAGUGAGACUCUGUCUCAAAAAAAAAAAAAAAAACUUUAACGUCUGGCUUUGUACUUUGCAGUCUGCCUGUCUAAUCUGCAGUAGUCUUUUGAGGAGGUGGCACCGGAUAUAACAUGUCUCUGUUAUUUUUAGAAUUAAUUAAAAUGUUUUGCUAUUUAAUUUGUGGGUGUGUCAAAUAUUCUGGUAACUGAAACACACUUAAGGUGUUGGAUGCCCGCCCCAUCACGCUGCACUGUCUGCUGUCAUAUGUGUCCUGAACUCACCCUGUUUUUGCCCUGGGUUUCCCAGGAUACCAAGCCCCUGAGGAUGGAGAUGAUGCAACAAACCUCAGCUUUGCUUGGAUUGAGACUUGAACCCUAUUUCUCAAUGGUGAAAGGCUAGCCUGCAAUAAAAGCUGCUUUUAAAACAGAAGUAAAGCAGCUUUAUAUAUGGGACUCACUAGAUAUGAGGGUGAGUAGCCCCACCACAUGUGAAACUUGGUCCUCAAACCUUUCUGCAGAAUAAGAAGCCAAACUUACGGUUAUCUUGUUUCUGUUAGAAACAAAGUUGUAUAUAGAAAUAACUUCGUCAGAAUCUACACAAAUACAUCAAAUAGUUGACUCUUUAAUUCCUUCUACAUUCAAAUAUCUAAUUAAAAUAUUGUGUGCUUUGUUGGAAGCAUCUGCUCAAACUUUUGACUUUUGUAAAUAUGCAUGCAGCUGGGAAGGGAUUCAUCUAAGGGAUGAGAAAUGAAAAAGACACUCUCAGGACCUGAGGGAAUUCAAAUAGAGGACUUCGAUUUUUUAAAAAGAAUGACGUGGAAAUGAUCUAUUUUCCUUGUAUAGUCAUAUCUCGUAGAAAACAUUUUACCACUACCAUCACCCCUAGUUGGUUGUGAAGUGAUUGCCUCUUAUCCCUGAAAGGAAACUCCUGUUCUGAAAAGUUGGGAUGCAUUAGACAUCAGUGUUAGGUGAUGUCUGUUGUAGUUUGAAGAGUCCUUAACCUUGAUUAAGGAAGGCUUCCUGGGAGAGGUGGGCUUUUGGGGCAAUUAUAUGAUAGAGAAGAGAGAGAAAAAUGGCAGAUGGAAGUCAGAGACAGUUCCACACACGGGGGGUGGAGAAUGAUGUGGAGGCAGCAGUGGGUGUAAGGACAGUGGUGCCAAGAGAUUUGGCUAGAACACAAGGGGCAGCUGGGUAGUUAGGAGUGGGAGGAUGGUAGGACAGUCUGACAGAAACCUUGGAACCAGUUGAACUCUGAAAAGCUGAUGGGAAAUCAGUAGAUUUCAUGAGGAAAAUGGCAUGGUUGAAAAUAGUAAUAGAAAAAUAAGACCAAAGUUUUAAAUGACUGGAUUUUCAAAAGUAGGAUUGUUAUUUCUUUGGUAUACCCAACUUUGCAAAGAUACGUAGCAUUGCAUCCUUCCUCUUUGCUUCUAGACAGGGUUGGCCAUAAACCAACUACACUGAUAGAGGUCUCCCCAGAUUGUCUCAGAAGAGAGAGGGUUUACCCUGAAACUUAAUGACAUGAAUAAGACCUGUUUACUGAAAUUUUUACUGCAAUUUAACGUUAAAAGUUUCCGCUGGAGUUUUAUGCAUAUUUUUCUAAGUGGUGGGAAAUAAAGAACAGAUCUCUUUCCAUGUAAUGACUCUUCUCUGUGCUCAAAGACCAAGACUCUGUCUCUUGAGAUACCAAUUAAUACGAAAUAUUCACAGUUUAUCUUUUCCUAGGUCCCAAUUUCUUUCCUUUUAUUGUUAACUGUCUUCACUUCUCCCGCUUUUAAAAAUCUAAACUCAGUUAAGCAACCAGUCAUGGAAAUCUUCCUCAGCUGGGGGUUAGCUGGAAAAGGGAGAAAACCAAUGGCAUUCAUCAAUAACAACAAAAUCCCAGUUUGCAAGUCAUUCUAGCUUUAGGAAAUAUGUAGGUAUGUAACAAGAGAAAAAAUCUCCAUUGAAGAAUCAGAGGCCACAUUACACAGCAGUUUGGGAAAACUCACUCAUAAAUAUGUAUGAGUUUUAUUAUUUCUUUGGUAAACCCAACUUUGCAAAGCUUUACGCCUAGAAUCCCUCCAAAAAACACUUUUUCACCAAUCUUUAAGCAAACAGUGGUACUGUAUUCUCAACAGCAUUCUGGGGAACUUCACCCAUUCAUUUUUAAGGAUAUCUUUGUGGACACCUUCUAAAUAUACAUUGCAUUAUUCUUGACAACACAGGGUUUUCUGUAUCUUAUAUGCACCUAGCUUUUUGUUUGAAUUUCUAAAAAUUAUAUUUAAAUAAAAGUUUGAUUCAAGAGGUACUGCUGAUCUGGAAGCUUUGCUUUCCUUUCCAAAGUGCUUAGCCAAAUUCAGCUAACCUUUCCCACAUCUGCCAGAAAGGACCAUCUUUAGAACACCAGGACACUGCCAUGUCUGUGGUCUUGCAUAGAAGAGUUGGCCAAGCUAAAAGAUUUCUAUUUAAUCAGACACAGGCUGGGUGCAGUGGCUCAUGCCUGUAAUCCCAACACUUUGUGUGGCUGAAGUGGGAGAAUCACUUGAAGCCAGGAGUUUGAGACCAGGCUGGGCAACACAGCAAGACCCCCAUCUCUACAUUAAAAAAAAAAGAAUGCUGGGUGUGGUGGCUCACACUUUUUGUCCUAGCUACUUGGAAGGCUAAGGCAGGAGGAUUGCUUGGGCCUGGGUAGUCAAGGCUGCAGUAAGCCAUGAUUGUGCCACUGUAAUUAGCAUGAGUGACAGGGCAAGACCCUGUCUCUACCAAAAAAACAAACAAAAAAAACGAUACCUAGUCCUUUUGAGCCAAAUGUAAGUGAAACAGAACAAGAGCAGGGUCAGAGCAGCCUGAAUAGUAAUAGUCUUGCUGACAUAGGCACUUGAUUUGGGAGUGAGAACAACAGUGAAGAGCUUUUAGGCUGGUGGCUCAUGCCUGUAAUCCCAGCACUUUGGAAGGAUAAGGUGGGCGGAUCACUUGAGAUCAGAAGCUCAAGACCAGCCUGGCCAACAUAGUGAACCCCAGUCUCUACUAAACAUACAAAAAUUACCCAGGCGUGCUGGUUCACGCCUAUAAUCCCAGCCUCAGGGAGGCUGAGGCAGUACAAUCACUUGAACCCAGGAGGCGGAGGUUGCAGUGAGCCAAGAUUGUGCCACUGCACUCCAGCCUGGGCAACAGAACAAUACUGUCAAAAAAAAAAAAAAAGUGAGGAGCUUUUAACUUGGGAAUUUGGAACCUAAGUAGCCAGUCCUUGAAGUAUGCAUCAGAACUGAUGUGUUAGUAUGCUGUGUUUGAGGAGGGAAAAAUGAACAGUUUCUGAGAGGUAUGGAAAACCAGUUUCUUUGUCUAAUGGCAGGGAGUUCUUUUUCUGUUGUUCGUUGCCUUGGCUUCCAGCAGUUAAGGUGUACUGCAAUCAAACUGCCCUUUGAUUUGAUUGACUAAGCUACAAAUCAGAGACAUUAUUUAAGGGAAAGAUGAAUGUUGUGCAUCUGCCAUUACAAUUCCUUUGUCACUUGAGUAGCUUGUUAUGCAUCGUGUCCUAGGCGCCCUUCCCUGUUGACAGUAGGAAUAAGGAAAUGGGGCUAGCACAGGAAGUUACCACUUAAAGGUUCAAACCCCUGAAAACUACAAAAAAAUUAUUUCAUAGAUGUAGCCCUGAAGGUCACUGUACUUACCCUUGUCUUUGAAAACCCUGUAGUUAAAUUUUGCCAGCCCAGACUUGGGCUGAAUAAUUGAGUCUGAUGCACCUAUUUUCUACGUUAGAGCACUGGAAUGGAUUUUUGUGGCACCAAACUAAUCAUUUGGUUGAAUUAACCCCCUCUUCUUAACCAAGCAACACUUUUUUCAUCUUGGUCUGGUCUCCCCUGAGGCUGUGGGUUGCAAAAAUCUUCCAGGUAGCUUAUAAUAAUCCUGCCUUGGACCAGAGUUGUGUUGAACAGAAUCAGCAUCUUAGGAAAUAUGGAAAGGAGAAGGCCUCACAGUUGUUUUAAGAAACCAGCACUUUCUUAUGCAGAAAUGCUGAAAUGCUGCCAUCGAAUUACCCUUAUUCAGUGAACUGACAGCCAAGUGCCACCCCAUGACACUUCUAACAUAUCUCUCCUCUUGUUGGAAAGCUAGCUGCCGAGUAUACUCUCCAUUUCUGAAAUUGUUUGCAAUGACCUAAGACUUUCCUCCUGUCGAACAAUAUGUAACUAUUGAUUUGGAUCCUUCCCUCACCCCUCACCUUUCAUUAUCAUCAUUUAGGGAAUUCCUUUAAAACAGAAAAACAUAUUAAGAAGUUAAAAAUUAGUGGAGGGCAGGCGUGGUGACUCACACCUGUAAUCCCAGCACUUUGAGAGGCUGAGGUGGAUGGAUCACUUGAGGUCAGGAGUUUGAGACCAACGUCGCCAACAUGGUGAAACCCCGUCUCUACUAAAAAUACAAAAAUUAGCCGGGUGUGGUGGUGCAUGCCUGUAAUCCCAGCUACUUGGGAGGCUGAGGCGGCUGAGGCAGGAGAAUCGCUUGAACCCAGGAGGUAGAGGUUGCAGUGAGCCAAGAUCGCGCCACUGCACUACAGCCUGGGUGACAGAGUAAGACUCUUGUCUAAAAAAAAAAAAAAAGGAAUCUGGGCUAUGGGCUGUUAGCAUUUCUGAUAGUUACUACCAGAGAUAACUAACUCCUGGACUGAGGGAGAGAGUAGUGCAUUUGCCCAAUUGAUGUCCCCUAUAAGAAAACUGAUGUUUUUAUUUCAGUUUCUAAUCUUUAGGAAGUUGUCAAAGAUGAAAAGGCCAAUUUUUGGGGUAAUUUAAUAGCUUUUCCCAAAAAUUAUUGAAAAAGCACAAAAAGUUCAGAAAUGCCUCGAAGACUCUAGCUGAGAUGGAUGGACUGACUUGAACUUUUCAGUAGCAGACGAGACAGCAGGAUUCCGACGCUGAGAUCGUGGUUAUUUGCUUUGGAGAGGUGGGGUAACAGCUUUUCCACACAAUAUCCCUAGUAGGAACCUCUUUUUGGCCUUUUUAAGGGCAAACUGCAGCUGAUAAAGCCACUCCAGUGGAGGCAGAAGCAUUUGUUGUGGCACUAGCCACAGACAGGUGAUAGGAAUGUCAACCUCACCUGGCUGUCAACCCCAACAAGAAAAUCUUGGCCUUGUUCUGGGCAUGCAUAGCUUCAGAUUCAGGACACCUGUCAGAUCUAAAAUGGGCAUGGGUUUUAAUUUCAUUUAAUUUCAACUUCCAAUGAUACAAAUGGAAGAUGCAAAGCGAAAUGCUUUUGAGAGCAAAGUCUCCCAGGGGUGCCUCCGCCCGCCCCCAGCGACAGUGGAAAAGAAGGCGUUUGUGGGAGAGAAGGGUGGCUAUAGACGUCAUUGCAUCAUCCAAAUGCCAGCUGUGACCUGGCUCAGAGUUUUCCAGUUAAAAAUAACUACGGCUUACAAUUGGGGGAAAAGAGUAAACUGUUGCGUCUCCAUGGAAACUAGGAGUGUGUGUGUUGGGGGGUGGGGGGAAGACAAGCUACAGAUUUCUAGCACAUGUGGCAAGAUGGGGUGGAUGUAGGGACCAGAAGCUUAGAGGCCCUCUGAUGAAAGUUGAUACCCGUAUUUAGCGUCCAGGAUGUGGCCAGACACUGCUCCAGGGCUCUGGAGACACUGCAUCAAGGAUUUGUUUACAACAAUAUGUACAUCUUGGGUCUGGUGAAGAAUUAAUUUGAGUCUUCUGACUUCCUGUAACAGAUUUGCUACUAUUUGGCAAAGCAAAGAGCAGAUGAGCAAGACUGUAGGUUAAAUGUUGCCUUUUAACCAGUCUGGGAACCUCUGCUACCUUUCCAUUCACAUUCUGUUUCUUAGCAUAUUCAGCACACCUUCAUUUGCAUAUUCAGUAGUUUGGUUAUGAUACAUGUAGUAGUUUAUAAUUAGAGGAGAAGUCUCCAGGUUUUUUGGGCUGGUUUGGAAAUUUACUCCCCUUCAGUAAGUCCAGGUUUUCUUCUUUGUUCCAUGAGCUUAUGCAAAGCAUCAUUCAUUAGCUUGUUUGUCUUUGAAGGUAGGUCUGUUAUCAUUUCUGGUAUACUUACUACCAGAGAUAACUAACUCCUGAGGGGAGAAUAGUUCAUUUACCCUUUUUAAAAAGGUCUCUUUAAAAUUUUCUUUUCUUCCAAUACAUUCUAGUUGUAAACAAAAUCGUUUUAAACACUCAUUUUAUUUUUAUUUUUUUUGAGACGGAAUCUCACUCUGUCGCCCAGGCUGGAGUGCAGUGGCGCGAUCUCGGCUCACUGUAACCUCUGCCUCCCGGAUUCAAGCAAUUCUCCUGUCUCAGCCUUCUGAGUAGCUGGGACUACAAGCGUCUGCCACCAUGCCCAGCUAAUUUUUAUAUUUUUAGUAGAGAUGGGGUUUCACCUUGUUGGUCAGGCUGAUCUCGAACUCCUGACCUCAGGUGAUCCACCCGCCUCGGCCUCCCAAAGUGCUGGGAUUACAGGCGUGAGCCACCGCGCCCACCAUUUAUUUUUUGAGAUGGAGUCUCACUGUGUCACCCAGGCUGGAGUUGCAGUGGUGUGAUCUCGGCUCACUGAAACCUCUGCCUCCCUGGUUCAAGCAGUUCUCCUGCCUCAACUUCCCGAGUAGCUGGGAUUACAGGCGCACACCACCAGGCGCAGCUAAUUUUUGUAUCUUUAGUAGAGAUGGGAUUUCACCAUGUAGGGUCAUGCUGGUCUCCAUCUCCUGACCUCAAGUGAUCCACCUACUUUGGCCUCCCAGAGUGCUAGGAUUAAAGGUGCGAGCCACCUUGCCCCACCAAAACACCCAUUUUAAAAUUAAGAGUUUAUAGAGCAGGCUGGGCACAGUGGCUCAUGCCUAUAAUCCCGGCUAUUCGGGAGGUUGAGGCAGGAGAAUCGCUUGAACCGGUGAGUUGGAGGCUGCAGUGAGCCGAGAUCACGCCAUUGCACUCCGGCUUGGGCGACAAGAGUGAAACUUCGUCUCAAAAAAAAAAAAAAAAAAAAAAUAGAGCAAAUAACUGAGGAAGAAGUAGGGAUUGUUGACAUUACUGGCCCUCUACAGCUAAAUGCUUUCUUGUUUACCUGCCUGGUGUACUGAAAAGAUCUGAGCACUAAUCCCUGUUCUGGUAUUUAAUAAUAAUGCAACCUUGGGCAGUUUCUUAAUACUUCAUGUCUAAAGUGUGGUUGGUAAUACCUACCUGACUGGGUUGAUGAAGAUUAAAUGGGCCGGGUGUGGUGGCUUACGCCUGUAAUCCCAGCACUUUGGGAGGCCAAGGUGGGUGAAUCACCUGAGCUCAGGAGUUUUCUUUCUUUUUUUUUUUUUUUUUUUUUUUUUGAGACGGAGUCUUGCUCUGUCGCCCAGGCUGGAGUGCAGUGGCGCGCUCUCUGCUCACUGCAAGCUCCGCCUCCUGGGUUCACGCCAUUCUCCUGCCUCAGCCUCCCGAGUAGCUGGGACUACAGGCGCCCGCCACCAUGCCUGGCUAAUUUUUUUUUUUUUUGCAUUUUUAGUAGAGACGGGGUUUGACGUUCGCCAGGAUGGUCUCUUAUCUCCUGACCUCGUGAUCCGCCCGCCUCGGCCUCCCAAAGUGCUGGGAUUACAGGCGUGAGCCACUUCGCCCGGCCUGAGCUCAGGAGUUUGAGACCACCCUGGGCAACAUGGUGAAACUCUGUCUCUACUAAAAUACAAAAAAUUAGCUGGGCUUGGUGGUGCAUGCCUGUGGUCCUAGUUGCUCGCACCACAGCACUCCAACUUGGGCUACAGAGUGAGACUCCGUCUCAAAAAAACAAAAAACAAAAAAAAAAACAAAAGAUUAAAUGGGUUAAGGUAUAUAACACACCUGGUGCCUCCCUUCCUUUUCUUUUCCCACUGAGCCUUUGACAUUUAGUUUCACUGCAGUCAGGUAUGAGCAGUACAUGAUUUUCCUGUACCACCCAAUUCACAUCAUGCAAAAAUCUUACAGAGGGACAUGAAGAUCUGCAAGAACAAAUGUUAAAACAGACAGAUGUGCAUUAUACAAGGAUGUUGUUUAUCUUGAAAUUCUCAUCACUGCAUCGCUACUGCCGAAGGGUUGAAUUAAGGGAAAAACAUUUCAGAGACAGAUUUGAAAUUACCUGAUUAUCCUAGACAUGUUGUAAUGUUCCCUUUUAUAAUGCCUGGCUCAAAAAGCUUGAUGUCAGGUUACAGAACUGUAUUCAUACUUUGAUUGUAAUUGUGUUAACAAAAGUAAAAAAUCUUGCAUACAAUCAAGACCAGAAAGAAAUCCAGAUGCUAAUUGUUGUUUUGUUAAGUAAUAAAAUUGUGGUAAGCAAUG